CAUACCCAGGAGGUGUGUGGGUUACACACAUAUAAAGAUAUCCAAACCUAUGCUGUUUGUUGCUUUCAGGUUCCCUGGAAAAUGCUAUUGCAGUUUGUGUGUCCUCUGGAGUAUGUCAACACUUUCAUCCCCGUCUGCAAAACCUUGACAUCUUUGUUCAUAAAGUCAGGGAAAGGAGGCCUAUCUCCUUACCUGGCGGAGUUACACAGACGACCGACUGAACUCCCAACCCCUCAGGCACUCCUGCUACAUCUUUUGGUGAUUUCAUUGUAUCCCUACAAAGAUGGAGGCUGUGGGGUUGUUGCUCUCCAACUGCUGCAUGCCCUCCAUCCUCUCAACUCUCUCCAUCCUGUGAUUCAUUCCGAUUUGGGACAAUUGUGGAUGGAGAUGAUUCCUCAGCUUAUACAAUAUCUAGAAGCACAUAAUGAAGGAACUCUGGAAGAGGAGAAAUGGAAGGACAAGCUGCUUCAGGUAACAUUCAUCCUCUCUAGGGGCCUUUAGCUCUUUGACAAUGUGCCUACUGUGUUCCACCUAUGUUCAGCAUGUGUCUAUACUACACAAGGGAACCACUGCAGGAUCAUCUGUAACAUAAAAUGAUUGGUUGAUUUACCUACUCUUGCCAACUGUGUGCAUCCACAUAGCAACAAAAUCAUGUUUGUGCAUCCACAUACAGCAUGUUUUACAGCAAUGGUUGUAGCAGUGCAUUCUGGGAUUCCUGAAGCAUCCUAUUUUCCUCACUGCCCUGGGGAGAGAGUACCCUGCACUGGGUCAAUAUCCAGUGAAACAUACUUUGCUCAGUGUACUGAGUGCGGUUAUGCUGGUAAGCGGGCCAUGAGAUAAUGGUAAGUCUUAACCCUGUCGUAACCCUACCCUCACUAUUUCUGAAGUAUCUGGUACUGGUCAUUGUUGGUGACAGAAUACCAGAUUAAAUAGGCCUUCUAGCAAUUCCUCUGUUCCUAAUGUCUUGCAUCAAUAAAAGACCCUCAGACUAGUUGUCUCUAAAUAUCAGCUAUUCGCAUACUUUGAAAAUAGGUAGCAAUGAGUUUGAAGAGCUGUAAGUAUUCUUCCUAACAGAGACUUUCUCUCUACCCCGAUCAGCUUUUAGAAAGGUCAGUGGAAGCCAUUAUGGAUGAUGCAUGGUCCUGUGAGCUUGCAAAUGAGAUUCUUGUGAAAAGCAAAAGCUAUUCUCAGAAGCCCCAAGAUAAGGUCAGUUCUGGGUUUAGGGUUUAAUGAAUAGGAGUGAAACAACAAAUGCAGACUACCUGUGUUACGAGAGUUUUCUGGAGAGAUGAAAGUAUGCAAGACUGGCUGGACUACAAGGUGCCUCGGGUCAGUGUUUAAGAAAUACAUAUUAGAGCUCUUUCUAUGGGGAUCUAUAAGUGAUGCAGCAUAAGAACAACAUGUUCAACGGGGCAGUUGUCCCUGAUGGCACCAGAAUACCUGACACAGCAGAAUUCUACAGUACAGGUAAUUUCUACCCACUCCUUUCAUUCUUCACUCAUAACAUUUAGCUUAACGGCUCUCGCUUUGAUUUCAUCUCCUGUCCUUGUAUUUGUGUCUCCUUCCAUGCUGCCUUUAUGCUGGGGAAGAAUCUUCCAGUCCUGUGUAUCAAAGCCCUGAUCCAGCAAAGCACUUAGGCACAGGUUUAUUUUUCAGCACAUGUUUUAGGCCUCUUGACUUAACCGUCAAAUUUAUAUGGGGAAACCUACAAAAACACAGGAUUAUUUGUUAGAGAAAGUGGAAUUAAUAUUCUCUGUUAGAAGAAUUUUAAAUUCCCAUUUGGCUUUCAUUGACUGUAGCGGGACUACUCAGAUGUUUAAAGUUCAGCAUGUGCCACAGUACUUUGGUGGAUCGAGGUCUAAGUGGUUACACUCUGCUCAUUCCAAUGCCUUUUUAAAACACACGUCUGCCAUAAGUCUUAGGUGGUGAUCCACCCCAAAAGUGUAUAUUGAAGAUUGCGUGCUGCAGUGGGACUACCAAAAUAGUUGCUAAUAACCCAGCAUAUAUAAUCUACUCUUUGUGGGCAAAUUAUGUUUCUCAGGUGUAGUAUUCCCAUUAUACUGUCUUCUCUUCUCUGGUUCUCCAACUAUGUGGCCAGAUCCUCAAAUGGUGUAAAACAAUGUAGUCCCAGUGAAAAUUGGAGCAGCUGGUGCUCAUCACUUAUUAGACUCCUACAGUGACAUGUGAACAUCUCUCCUUUGAGCUGGAAUCGAACCAGCAACCUAAGGAUUCCUAUAGGCAACACCUCUACAGUCCUCCACUCUACAAGCUGAGUUUGAUUACCUAACACUGUAAGACUUCAUUAAACACUUGCCAGCACACAGGUAUACAGAAAGACUUACAAGUAAACAGAGCCAUUUACAACCAAUUGUCCUGGUUAAUGGGAGCCAUCAAGAUU